AUGACGUUCACGAAGCUCUUGAUGACUCUGGUGUUGCUCACCACUAUCGAUUUUCACGAGACUCACGGAUACGGAAAGAUGAUCUACCCUUUGAGUAGAAACAGCGUCUCGAGGAAGAACUUCCCGACAGAUAGCAACUUAAAGGAUGGCGAUACCAAUUGCGGCGGGCCAAUCGUACAACGCAACAAUAACAACAAGUGCGGGGAAUGUGGCGAUGAUUACUCCUUAAAUCGACCACGACCAAACGAGAACGGCGGCACCUACGGAAAAGGAAUGAUCAUUCGUGUGUACAGGAAAAACUCCGUCAUCAACGUGACUGUUCAACUCUCAGGCAACAACGAAGGUCAGUUCAAAUUCGACAUCUGUGCACUGACCACGAAAGACCAACUAGAAACCGACGAAUGCUUCCAUCGUAAUCGCCUGCCGCUGGCUGACGGUAGUGGCUACAUCUUCAACGUUACCAGUUCGCAAACGAAGCUGAGGGAAAUCGCUGUUAGUCUUCAACUGCCGCACAGGCUCAUAUGUAGACAUUGCGUCUUGAGGUGGCAGUUUCGUGGCACAGAAAAUCUCGAGCAAGACUUGCCCACAAUGUCCAAUCAGUCAGUUACUUGGGAGUGGAGAAAUUGCGCUGAUAUCGCUAUUUUAAGAGGUGGGUCCUUGUCGCCACCGGUCGUCAGAAGAGACGUACUGAAAUUUAUUUGUGAAAAUUACUGGAACAGUGAAACAAUUAUCACCAUCGAAGACGAGACGGCAAGAAGUGAAAUGGCGUUCGCAAAAGUAUUGGCCCUGGCGCUGGUGGCCGCCAUUAAUUUGCAGGAGAUUUACGGCCAUGGAAUGAUGAUGGAUCCUGUAAACAGGAGCAGCGCCUGGAGGAAGGGCUUCCCGGUGGAACGGAACUACAAUGACAACGAGCACUUCUGCGGCGGACGCGGCACGCAACACAUCAAAAACGGUGGCAAAUGCGGAGAAUGUGGUGACGAUUGGUCCCUACCUCGACCACGAUCGAAUGAAAAUGGAGGCCGCUAUGGAACGGGUAUUAUCGUUCAAAAGUACGAAGCAGGUGAAACCGUCACUUUUACUGUUCGUCUCGCGGCCAACCACAUGGGCUACUUCGAAUUCAAUAUCUGCCCACUGAAGCACAACAAAGAACUGGAAACCGACGAGUGCUUCGAGAAAUAUCCUGUGCCGUUGGCCGAUGGCAGCGGCUACAAAUUUUAUCCCCCACCAGGGAAUGGAAACCUCGACAUCAAAGUAGUCCUGCCAAACAUCACGUGCGAACACUGUGUAGUCAGGUGGCACUACCGCACCGGAAACACCUGGGGAUUAUGCGAGAACGGGAAAGGAGCCAACGGCUGUGGUCCUCAGGAGACCUUCCGAAGCUGCGCUGACGUUUCCAUCUUUCCGAAAGGCGGUCGGCCAGCGGGACUGGACGCCCCGGAAGUGCCUGCCGAUGCGCCCAAGAAUCUUUAA